CACUGCCACCAGGGCGGAGACCACCAGCAGCACCACAGCAGCAACGUGGUCUGUCAAGGGGAAGUGGAAGUCGUCUUCAGGACGAUCCCCUUCGCCUGAUUCAAGAGUUGCAGAAGAAACUGGACACUAUGCAGCGGCAAGUGCAAGGAGAUUGGCCUGAAUAUACAGAGAGGCCCCUGAGGAGGAACUGGGGGAGGGUGGAGGAGCCCGAGGCAGGCGUCACGGAGAGAGGAGAAGGCGCAGAGCAGGGAGGCACCUCGGGGAGAGGAAUGCCAGAUAUUGGAAAGGCCAAUACAACCGGUUCCGCCGGCCUCCCCGCGGUGACGGCGGGGGUGGGGAUGGGGGUAGGUUUGGGGGCAUUCAGAUUUAUUAUCAACAAUGACGGAUGGAAUGGCCCCUCUACUUCUUCCAGCAUCCUAGUCCCGGCCUGUGUUCUUCUUGCAUCUAUUCAUUCCAGUUUUCAUACAUCUCAGGAUCCAUUGGGAGGACUAUUUUUGAUUUUCUUCAACUAGAACUAUCCUUAACGUAUAAUUAAAUUCUAAAUCUAAAACUAAGUGAAUUGUAAAAAAAGGUAAAGAUAAAUAUUGUAAAGACAAUAGUUGUUAAUUAACAUUUAUUGAGUAAAAGAAAAA